CCGGUUUCGGAUUGGCAGCACGCCUGCAGUCACGCGUGGCUGCUGUAUUAGGGACGCAUUUGAUGCGGGGACGGAGGGGAAAGGCGGUGGGUCCUUUCGGUCUGCUAAGGAAGUCCUUCAUGCAGCUUGAGAGCCGCGAAAGGCGAGUGGUUGUGGCCAACGCUGAUUGACCGUCUCGUAUCAGAAUGGCCAAAAUGAAGAAGGAAUCCCCGUCCUCAUCCAGCAACUCAACAACUAAGCCAGAAAACCUUAAGAACCAACACAGAAAGGAGAAAAAGAAAAGGAUAUUCUGGAAAAAGAAGAUCAACCAAGUAGAGAAGAGAGUGCACAAGGAUUCCAAAGUAGUAGUAGAACUGCCUCCAAAAACUCCACAAGAAGUUUCCUCAAACUGGAAAGUCCUACAGAAGCUUCUGCAACAAAAGGCUGCCAAUCUGAAUUCUGCUCUUACUGCACCCAACACAUAUUCCAAGAAAAAGCACACUGUCAGAGAUGACAAAACUGUUCCUCAGAUAUCAGUACCAAAUGGAACUGAAAAGAAGCUGACAUCUAAGCUUCCAGCUCAAGGUUUGGGUUGUGCAGGUGUCAUCAGAUCUGAAAAAUCCAUGCAAGUGAAGAAUUCACAGCAGGCCCAAGAGGCUGGAAAACACCAGAGAAGUAGCCAGAUGGGCAACAGAGAGAAGAAGCAAGGGGACAUUAAACAUAAAAGAAGGAAACUGGAGGAGCAAGUGGCAACAACACCAGUGGACAUCUGGUUUGAUGACGUUGAUCCAGAUGACAUUGAGGCAGCCUUGGGACCAGAAGCUGCAAAAGUAGCCCGAGAAAAUCUGGGCAUCAAGGACCAGCGAGCCCAGCAGCUGGCUGAACAUGCUCUGGUGAAAAAGGAUGCUUUUGAAGGUUUGACCAGAGCAGUGGCCAUAGAUUGUGAGAUGGUGGGUGUAGGGCCCACUGGUGAAGAUAGCAUCCUGGCCCGUGUCUCGGUUGUGAACCUAUUUGGCAAAUGCAUUUAUGACAAGUAUGUCAAGCCUACAGAAAAAGUGACAGACUACAGAACCGCAGUUAGUGGGAUUCGGCCUGAGCACUUAAAAAAAGGGGAAGAUUUUAAAACUGUCCAGAAAGAAGUUGCUGACCUCCUAAGGGGGAGGAUCUUAGUUGGACAUGCUCUUCGCAACGAUUUAAAGAUUCUACUUCUUGACCAUCCAAAAAAGAAAAUCCGGGACACACAAAGAUACAAACCUUUCAAACAGCAAGUCAAGAGUGGAAGACCAUCCCUGAAACUUCUGUGUGAGAAAUUGCUGAAUGUGAAGGUGCAGACCUCAGAACACAGUUCGGUUCAGGACGCCCAGGCUGCUAUGCGACUGUACACCAUGGUGAAAAAACAGUGGGAAGCAUCACUCAAAGAAAUCCCCAAGGCAAAGAAAGAAUAAAUCUGGACCUUUUGGUCCUGCUGUGUUUGCUGUCCUCUGCAGCACUGGCUGAUCAAAAGCUUUGCCGGAUCAGCUCUGCAGCUUUCCUUUUGCCCUGAAUUGGGCAUCAUGCAGAAAUUAAUUGGGGGUUUAGUUACUCAAUCAGAAGGCUGUGCAAAUGGCAGUUUUUGAAUCUCGUGGGAUACAGCUGAACCUGUUUUUUUCUGACUUAAGUUACUGGUCUGGGUUGGCUAUUGGGCAUUUUGUUCAAGGAGAAUACAAGCUCAAGGAAUCAGUUGCACGUCCCUGGCCAGACGCCUCAAACCCUAAACCCAUUCCAGAAUCAUUUGCAAAGAUGGCAACAGGAUUCCUCUUUUUGAGUAUGGCACUGGGCUUAUUGGAUUGUCUGUCCACCUCUUGAAUUAUAUUUUUCUUUUCAAAAUAAGCGUAAGAGCUUAUUGGCUACAGAUAUCCUUCAGAGAGGUGAGGAGAGCUGCAGUGCUUUGGUGAUCUUAGGAAAAGAAAUCUGAUCUUUAAACAAGAAAACCUCUUCUGCCAUCUAAGUCAAUUUCUCUUUAUGUGUCCUGCAUUAUGCAGAUGUUUUGAAAUUGAGUUGAGUUUCCAAAAUUGACAGUAAUGUAGCAUCAGCAUCAACACAGCAAAGCAAAGCACAGUCUCCCUGUGCUAUUUUGGCUUUUCUGCCUGAACCUGUAUGUACACACAGACAUGCACUUCUCCAGCGACUUAGGUCCAAGUAGGUCAAAAAACCUUAAACAGGUCCAUCCUUUCUUCUUUGCUGUACUCCACGAUAUGAUCGUUGCAAUUACCUAUUUAAAAGACUCCAUCAUUGCAUCUAGCUUCCUAUUUAUUAACUGCAUAACCUUUAAAGUAAUAUUUUCAACAACAUAUAGGCGCAUUAACAUUUCACAAAUAAAUAUUGAAGUUGCAUAAAAGAAGCCAAAGCUUUUCACUCCUGUUCCUGUUCAUCUUGGAAUAAUUGAUGGGAGAGGGAAAAGUCCAAGAAGGAAUCUUCUGUCAGGAAUUGUGCCUUAUUUCAGAUUAGAAGCCCUGUGGGAAUUUCAAGUAAAAGUUAUAUUUU